AUGUUCCGGUCAGUAUAUAAACGGGGGCGAAUCCUGUCCAAAAUCCCCAUCAAACAACACAUCCAGAUCACCCACAAACACACAAUGACUUCUCUCGACUUUACUCUCAACAACGGCAAGACCAUCCCUGCCAUCGGUCUUGGAACCUGGAAGUCCACCACCGAGGAGGUGGCUGGCGCCGUCGAGUGCGCCCUCACCGAGGGAGGCUACCGACACAUUGACACCGCCUUCAACUACCGAAACGAAGACGCCGUCGGACUCGGAAUCAAGCGAGCCAUGGAGAAGGGUGUCAAGCGAGAAGACAUCUUCGUCACCACCAAGAUCUGGGUCACCUACCACGACCGAGUCGAGGAGAACCUCGACAUGUCUCUGGAGCGACUGGGUCUUGACUACGUCGACAUGCUCCUCAUCCACUGGCCCGUUCCCCUCAACCCUAACGGUAACGACCCCGUCUACCCCCUGCGACCCGAUGGCUCUCGAGACAUUGACGAGUCCGGCUCCCAGCCCAAGACCUGGAAGCAGAUGGAGGCUGUUCUGAAGACCGGCAAGACCAAGUCUAUCGGUGUCUCCAACUUCUCCAUCCCUUACCUCGAGGAGCUGCUCAAGGAGGCCGAGGUUGUCCCCGCCGUCAACCAGGUCGAGCUCCACCCUCUGCUGCCCCAGCUCGAGCUCAUGGAAUUCUGCAAGAAGAACAACAUUGUCAUGACCGCCUUCUCUCCCUUUGGCUCUGUCGGUGGCCCUCUGCUCAAGAACGAGCUCGUCGUCUCUCUGGCCGACAAGUACAACACCUCUCCCGGAGGAAUCCUCACCUCCUACCACAUUGGUAACGGCACCGUGGUCAUCCCCAAGUCUGUCACCAACUCUCGAAUCGUCGAGAACGGAAAGUCCGCCGUCACCCUGUCCCAGGAGGACCUCAAGGCUCUGAACGACCUCCACAAGACCGAGGGUAUCCACCGAACCUCCAAGCCCAAGUGGGGUGUUGACCUCGGAUUCCCCGACUUUGACUUCUGCUAA